AUGUCAUUACUCACCUUAGAAAUACGACGUACCCCAUCCAGCAAUUACACGGCUGAACGAGAAAGUAUAUCUCCCACGAUUUCUCGGGCUAGCAAGAUGACGCCUCCCGAAGCCGCUGAGAUGGACUCUAUAAACCUGAUCGCCAGCGACAUGAAGGAGCUGGUCCGAAAAAUACAAGAUCUACGCCACAUCGGAAUCGAGGACAAGAUGAUCGUGCUUCCAAAAAUCUGCGUCAUUGGUGACCAGAGUGCCGGUAAAAGCUCUUUGAUCGAGGGAAUGAGCGAGAUCAAGGUGCCACGAAGCGCAGGGACCUGCACCAGAUGUCCCAUGGAGAUCAAUCUCUGUGAUGGGGAGCUUGAACAGCCCUGGACUUGCAAGGUCUUCUUGUCGCGGAAGUACAUGUUUGACGCCUCUAAGAAGAUUGGCAAAAUUUCGAAAAAGUCCCAGUCCCUCGGGCCUUGGGUGGAGCAAGAGCAACAGGAAGAUGAGCUUUUCACGACACUGACAAACAAGCUCGACCUCGAAGAAGUCAUUAGAUGGGCGCAGCUCGCCAUCCUAAAUCCAGGCCGGCCAUCAAGCGAAUACUUGCCGGGGCAAAACAGCGAAACAGAUCCUGGUUAUUGUCAGGUAAAAUUCUCGCCCAACGUCGUCCGAUUAGAUAUUACGGCUCCAGGCUUUCCUAGCCUAUCAUUCUACGACUUACCUGGUGUCAUCAGCCAAGCCGAACACGAAGAAGAGCGCUAUCUUGUCUUUCUGGUCGAGAACCUUGUCAAGCAUUACAUUCUGCAGCAACACUGUAUCGUCCUGUUGACAUUGCCGAUGACGAACGAUGCAACUAAUUCGAGUGCGGCACGAAUUAUGCAAGAGAUCCGUGGGGCGAAUGCUAGAACAAUGGGCGUUCUGACGAAACCCGACCGCGUACAGACCGGGGAAUCAUUUGCCCAGUGGGUCGAAAUACUUGAAGGGGACAAGUUUUCGCUUGGCCAUGGGUACUUCGUCGUUCGUAACAAUCCCGACCCGGCUGUAGAGCACUAUGUGGCUCGGGAAGAAGAGGAUGCUUUCUUCGCAAGCCCCCCCUGGGCAACAGAUUUGGCUCUCUAUCAAGAGAAGUUUGGGACACGCCGGUUACAAACGGCUCUCUCCUCCCUCCUUCUUGAACAGAUUCAAGGAUGUUUACCGGACUUCAUUGAAAAGAUAAACGCCAAAGCAGAUCGAAUCGAGACCGAACUUCGGACCCUUCCAGAUCCCCCCUCCGCAAACGUUCCAUAUAUUAUUUGCGGCAAGCUGAAUCAACUGAAGGAUCAGAUCCGCGCUCACAUUGAUGGCGGGUCAGCAAAUUACCCUCUACAGAAGAUUUGGUCGCAUAUUGCCAUGGAUUUCAAGCGAGCUCUGAUCAAGACUCGGCCCACUGUACACUUGCUCUCUUCAAGUGAUAAGUUCCCUGGUCCGACGGGCCGCGAUGCGGAGGGAAGCGAUUCAGACUGCGAGAUGACAACGGUCCCACAGCCGGCCAAACGCAAGUCACCUGGUGAGCCUGGAAAUAUCUCAGUCGCACCAGAAGCGAGACAACAGCCAAAUUCAGCAACAAGACUGACCGGAAAUGGAUUGUACUCGACAGAACAUUUCGACAAGUUCAACGCCCCGGCCCUGACGUUUACAUGGGAAAUGAUUCGCGAGAUAAACGAGGAUUCGUAUCGAGCUGGACUGCCAGACCAGACGGAUCCAAAAGCCAUUGAGAUCAUGAACCAGAUGAGCGUAAAACACUGGUACGACCCACUGUCAGUGUUCCUGGUUGCCACCCAUCGACUUGUCCGGGACAUGCUGCACAAGCAGCUGGAUGAAGUCUUUCUGCAAUACCAUCAGACGGGCUUAUAUCGAGAACUCAAGAGGAUCAUUGAAGGCUUUUUGUAUAAGCUACGGGCAGCCCACUUUGAACACGCACAGGAAAACUUUAAUAUCGAAUACAAUAAACCCUUCACAUUGGCACUUUCGGCAUUGGACCAAUCAAUCAAGUCUGCUUACAUUUUUCUUGCGGAAAAGCGUCGGUUUGCUCGCGCAAGCUCUUACCUCGAUGCUCAGGGAAAGUACCCUAGAGGAGACGCCCGACGGGAAGCUGAGCUUAAAAAGCUUACAGAUGUCGAGCUGGGGCGCGACCAGUUCUCGCAGGAGCUGACCAUGAUGGCGACGAGUCGAGGAUACUACGACUUGGCGAGUUCGCGGUUUAUUGAUUCGAUUUGCCAGAGCGUGCACACUAAAUUGUUCGCAAAAUGUCGUGAUGACCUCAUAAAGGAGAUUGAAAGAGAGCUUUGUAUCUUCGAUGAAAACGCACUGGAACGUUGUUUAGAACUUAUGGAGGAGGACCCUGACCGCCAGAGACGCCGCCAAUUCCUUCUCAGAGAGAAGGAGCGAAUCGAUAAGGCCCAGGAGUGGCUAAAGCUGGCGAGGAAGGAGGACGACCAGGAAGACCCGUUCGAUAAUGUGAGAAUCAAGUCCCAGCCUCCCGACGAUUGGACUACUUGAUUCCGGCUUAGCGAGACUUGUGUGAGCAUUUGUCUGUCCGCAGUGCGCUGUGACAACAGAGUCUACUUGGGCGUCAAUUGUGAUAGAGCGGUGGCUGGACCAUGUGAGUGGAUUGUUGGACAAAGUUGCAGUUGAAGCUGGAAUAUGAUAAUGAUGAAUGGAUGGAUUGACCGCAAGCAUCGAGGCGGGGUAGGGAACCCCACUUUGAUGCCCUAAGCCCUAAACCCUGCUUGCGAUAGGCUCGAAUGGUGUAUGGCAGCAUGUACCCAAUGGAAAAGGAAAG